AUGGAUGAUGAUUAUGAUGAGCCACUGUUCUUUGACAUGAAGACAGGAGUAUACAGAUUCCUCCAUGAGCUUGAUGAUGUUGACAGCGGAGUGGAGGAGCUGCCAUUUGCCUCAUAUCUAGACCAAGAUGAGGUCUGCCUGGACUCACAAUCACAGUCACAAGCAGGAUCCAGUCAGGGAAUCGUGAAUCUCCAGGAUGGCAGACAACAGAAUGAAAACUACAGACAUGCUCAGGAGCCAAGAACACAACUGGGCAGUCAAGAAGAAGCCAAAUCCCAGUUUGUGUACAGUGGGUGUUCCCAUUACGACGCCUCAUUUUACACCCCAGAAAAGCCGAGUGAUGUGGACAGUGAAGGGUCUUUAUAUGCCCAGGCCUCUAGACAGGGGCGCAAACCCCGUACACCCCGCACCAUACAGAUGAUGAUGGAGAAACACAGGCAGAAUGAAAGGGUUCGCCAUCACAGCCUUAAUGAGUCACUGAAGGAUGUGUGUAUGAGAGUGCCAGGCUUUGACCCUUCUGCUAAAGAAACUAAAGUUGUUCAGAUGCAGCGGAUCAUAGGUUACGAGUGUUACCUGGAGAACACGCUGACUUCCCUUUGUGAGCAGCUGGGCAUCUCCCCCGCGUCACUGGGCAUCAACACAAACUUCAUCACAGAAGCAAUCAAAAACACACCCAUGGAGGACUUUUACCAGCAGAGCAACUACCGCACAAGCGAUGUUGAAGAUGAGGAAUCUGACCUGUCACAGAGAUAUAAAACCUCUCCCAAACCCAUACAUGGAUACAGGGUGUUGGACCAGCCACAUGAUGGGGAAGGCAUGUGGAAAUACCGACAGGAGAAGAUAUCCUCCCCCACAGUGGACUCAACCACGGGCAGCCAGUAUGAGCAGACGCCCAACUCAAGGCCCCACAGUGGGCCCAGAAUGUACGCUAGGAGGGAAGCCCAGUCAGGGGGAUCAAGGCUGAUAAAUGGACUGGACACUCACUUGUCCGCACAUUUUAUGCCAAUCAUGUCCUCCCUGGGGGAUGAUUCUGCCUGCCCCACCCAACUCUCUUCCCAGGAGUCAGGCAUCAAGCUGGAGACACAGUCAAGCCCAGAUGAGGACUCACACUUCCAGGACAUUGAUAACCUGAUAGAGAGCAGCCUAUAUCAGGAGGCAGAUCAGCUGAAACAUGUCACACCUUCCUUCAUGAGAGAGGAGACAGAGACAGCCGAGGAUUGUGGAGGGUCACCAGGGCUGAGAGAGGAGACAGUGACGACAUCGAUUGAGGAUGGGGGAGAGGAGAGUUUCUCAUUGGCCAGUCCCCAACACUUCAUCAUGCACAGUCCCCCACCCAGGGGCAUCUGGCACUCUGCAAGCAAGCUGAACAUGUCCAUGUCCUCUAGCAAUGACACACCCAAGCGAAAUGAAAUGAUCAGUGUCUCUCCUGAGAAUGUCUUGGAAACCAUGGUGAAAAUGGAACUAGAUGCUGCAUCAAGUAGUCGCACUAAUAACACAACAUUAAGUAUUGCUAACAGACAGGUGUCAAGCUCUGUUAUAUUUGAGAAUCAAGAGGAAGACCCACUCCAAGAGUUGUCACAGGCUUCAACAUCUUCUAGUAGAAAUAGUUUCACAAGGUCUGUGUAUGGAGAAGUGGGAUAUGCCAGUAGUAGAACCUCAGCAAAGCCUAAAAUAAUUCCCACAAUUCACAAGAUUCCUGUACCAAACCUUUCAUCUUACAAACAUAGAUUUUUGCCGGUGCCAGCUGAUACUGUCAACUUGGAGCCAAGAAUUAUCAGGAAACCCUGUACAAAUUUACGAAACGUGAGGAUCAACAUUGUUCGCCCACUCGCUACAGACGAGCAGAAAAGUCCAAAUGUAUUGAUAGCUAACAGAAUCAUGGAACAUUCAUCAAAUAUAUCAGACAGUGGAGAUGUAAACCCCAUGGACCACACAACAUCCUCAGGUCCUCCUCAUGUGACUAUCAAGAAAGUGAAACUGGAUAAUAUGAAUUCCAUGCCAACGGAAGUGUCCAUGCCAGAUGAUCAUUGGGAUGUUGACCUGUUAUCCCCUGAGGGUCGUAACAAGAGGAAACGGUACAUGCCCCUGCAUUCUCCUCUCCAGACCAUUACCAACCAGGAGAAAAGUGGGACAUGGGAGUGCCUGCAACCCUCACAUUUCUUAGACCAUCUGGUUGGCAUGCCCCAUCCUGCAUACAAUGUGCCCGCCUCAUCCUGUCCUGUCAUGCCUGCAUCCACUGCUACAUCAUCAACAGGACAUGUAAUGGAUGGUGUUGGACUGCCAGGGAAAGAUCGUCGGAUGCUGUACUCUAAGAACAACAGGAAUGAUCUCGCCAGCAAGAACCUUUCACAGCUUCACAAUUUGAUGGGGCAGAGAUGGAAGAACACAGGGGUUCAGGACAGACAGUCCAAGAAAGAAAAGACCAAGAGGUGUGGUACAUACGGGCCCAAGACCUUGCAAGCUGACCGUUUGUCUCAAGACCAACCUCAAAUCCACAGUAUCCUGGUGCCCCGUAACUCCAACUCAGGAAUUUACAGCCCUGUGAAUGCCAUGGUACCCCCCAACUUCCACACAGCAAGCCACACCCCUGGGAAUGCUGAGGUACCCCCCAACUGCCACACAGCAAGCCACACCCCUGGGAAUGCUGUGGUACCCCCCAACUGCCACACAGCAAGCCACACCCCUGGGAAUGCUGUGGUACCCCCCAACUGCCACACAGCAAGCCACACCCCUGGAAAUGCUGUGGUGCCCUCCAACUUCCACACAGCAAGCCACACCCCUGGGAAUGCUGUGGUGCCCUCCAACUUUCACACAGCAAGCCACAUCCCUCGGAAUGAUAUACUGCCAAGUCUCAUGCCAGAAAGUGGGUCUGGGAUAGGGGCAUGUGAUAUUGAGGAUGAAAUAUAA